CACCACCCCCCAUAUCCCACCUCGUCUCUCCUCACCAGAAGAAGCACUUCUCUCUCUAGGAAAAAGAAUCAUUUUUUCCCCGCAAGAACCCCCUCUCUCUCUUCCCUUCUCCUGCUCUGAGAACUGGAGGAGCCGAUACGUGGCGCAAUCCUCGCCGUGGUUGCUGGUGCAGAAGCAUAAAGCCAGCCCUUACAAGUACACCCACCUUCCCCUCUUUCUCUCUCCCCGAAGGUGGCGCCUUCUUUUGUUUAUUGCGGAGCCGCGCGACUGUUGCAACUGGAGUUGAAAUUCCCGGCUCUGUAAAAUGUCGACGGUGGUGAUGAUGAUCAUGAUGACGAGCGAAGUCCAAAUUCUAACUGCUUUUUAAAAUUCGUCCCACGACUCGGGCACAUUCUGCAGAGGAAAGUUCUCAUGCGUUGAACUCACGCGCCCGUGCGGAGAGAUCGGUUGAGCGGUGUUUAUUUCUGUCUCUCUCUCUGUCUCUCUCCUGCUCUAACGUGUGAUCGACCGAACCUGCAAAAGGGUCACCUCCCUUCCUUCUCCUCCUCCAGCGUUUCAAGUGAGAGAAAAGCACGCACCCACUCUCGCUCUCUAGACAAUUCAAGUGCAGCGGUUGACAAAGAGAGGGAGGGAGGCGGGUUCGGUUCGAACUGGGGGGAAGGAGAUGAGAUCGUCCGCUUCGAUGGGGUCGAAGCGGUCCAGCUACAGCCGCGGGUUCGACUUGCCCGAGGAGUUUGACGACGAGGAGGACGAGGCGGCCGCCGCCGCCGACUACGGCAGCGUCGGCGGGGCAAUGCUGCCCGUGUUCCUCAACGACCUGCGGCAGAACUCGCAGCAGGACCUCGUGGAGGUCACCCUCGAGCUCGAGGACGACUCCAUCGUCGUCCGCAGCGUCACCCCGACGAGCAACAACAACCGGGCGUUCGCCGCGGCCGCCGACGAAAACCCCGAUCCCGCGGCGGCGGCGGCGGCGCUGGACAGGAACCUGUCGGUCACGACGAGGAUCCGGAGGAAGUUCCCGUGGCUGCGGUCCGGGUCGUCGCGGGCCGGCUCGGAGGCGGAGGCCCCGACGGCGGCGGCGGCCGCGAGGGAGGCGCGGAGGGCGAGGGCGCAGCUGGACCGGAGCCGGUCGAGCGCGCAGAGGGCGCUGAAGGGUCUCCGGUUCAUCAGCAAGGCCAACUUCUGCGCCAGGGACGCCGAGGAGCUCUGGCGCCAGGUCGAGGCCCGCUUCCACCGCCUCGCCAGGGACGGCCUGCUCGCCCGCGAGGACUUCGGCGAAUGCAUCGGGAUGGACUCGAAGGAGUUCGCGGUGGGGAUGUUCGACGCGCUGGCGCGGCGGCGGCGGCAGAGGAUCGGGAAGAUCACCAGGGAGGAGCUGCACGACUUCUGGCUCCAAAUCUCCGACCAGAGCUUCGACGCGCGGCUUCAAAUAUUCUUCGACAUGGCGGACAGCAAUGAAGAUGGGAGAAUCACCAGGGCAGAAGUACAGGAGCUUCUGAUGCUCAGUGCAUCAGCUAACAAGUUGUCGAAGCUGAAAGAGCGAGCGGAGGAAUACGCCUCCCUGAUCAUGGAGGAACUGGACCCGGAGAACCUCGGCUACAUCGAGUUGUGGCAACUGGAGACUCUGCUUCUGCAAAAGGACACUUAUAUGAACUACAGCCGAACGCUCAGCACGACCAGUGUUGGCUGGAGCCAAAACCUGAGCUCGUUUAGACCGACCGACAAGGUGCGGAGGAUUUGCAGCUCCCUCCGAUGCCUCGUGCUGGAGAACUGGCAAAGAGGUUGGAUUCUGUUGCUUUGGGCGAUAGUGAUGGGGUGCCUCUUCGCUUGGAAGUUCAUCCAGUACAGGAACAUGGCAGCAUUUCACGUAAUGGGCUAUUGCCUGGCGACGGCCAAGGGGGCAGCAGAAACUCUGAAGCUCAACAUGGCUCUCAUCCUCCUGCCCGUCUGCCGGAAUACCCUGACGUGGCUCCGGUCCACCCGGGCCAGGUCGUUCAUUCCCUUCGAUGACAACAUAAACUUCCACAAGAUAAUUGCAUGUGCCAUAGUCAUCGGGAUCAUCCUUCACGCAGGAGACCAUCUAGCAUGUGAUUUUCCCCGCCUGGUAAACUCCUCCCCAGAAAAGUUUGCCCUCAUAUCCUCUGACUUCAAUAACAGAAAGCCCACAUACACGGACCUUCUAUCUGGAGUUGAAGGAGUGACGGGCAUUGCUAUGGUGGUUUUGAUGGCUAUCUCAUUCACUCUAGCGACACACCGGUUCAGGAGAAACAUAGUAAGGCUACCUGCACCUUUCAACAGAUUGACAGGUUUCAAUGCAUUCUGGUAUUCCCAUCACCUGCUAGGUGUGGUCUACGUUUUACUGCUCAUCCAUGGAACCUUUCUGUACUUGGUGCACGAAUGGUACAUGAAAACAACAUGGAUGUACAUCUCUAUUCCAUUGUUGCUUUACAUACUUGAGAGAAGCAUGCGAGCAUGCAGAUCAAACCAUUAUGCAGUUCGAAUAUUGAAGGUUUCGGUUCUACCAGGGAAUGUCUUCAGCAUAAUCAUGUCCAAGCCUCAAGGGUUCAAGUACAGAAGCGGGCAGUACAUUUUUCUACAAUGUCCGACAAUUUCCCCUUUUGAGUGGCACCCAUUCUCAAUUACUUCAGCACCUGGAGAUGACUACCUCAGUGUUCACAUCAGGACAGUUGGUGAUUGGACACAGGAGUUGAAAAAAACUCUCACUGAAGGCAGAGACUCGUCAUGUGUCAUUGGCCGAGCAAAAUUCACAUCGGUUGGUUGUAUCAAUCAGACAGGCCAACCCAAAUUGCUCGUUGAUGGUCCAUAUGGAGCUCCAGCUCAGGACUACAGAAAUUAUGAUGUACUGCUCCUCGUGGGGCUUGGCAUUGGUGCAACCCCUUUUGUAAGCAUCCUUAGAGAUCUUCUGAGUAAUACAAGAGCAGAGGAGCAAAUGGAUUCAAUCACAGAGACCAGUAGAUCUGAUGAUAGCACAAAUAGUUUCGCAUCUUCAAACGUGACACCAGGCAGCAAAAGAAAGUCACAGAGGACGUCCAGUGCUCAUUUCUACUGGGUGACUAGGGAAUCUGGGUCGUUCGAGUGGUUCAAAGGAGUCAUGAAUGAAGUUGCAGAAAUGGAUCACAAAGGUCAAAUUGAGCUUCACAAUCACCUUACCAGUGUCUAUGAAGAGGGAGAUGCAAGGUCAACUCUAAUCACCAUGGUCCAGGCUCUCAAUCAUGCCAAACACGGUUUCGACAUCCUAUCAGGCACACGGGUAAGAACACACUUUGGAAGACCGAAUUGGAGAGAGGUAUUUAUCAAAGUAGCUUCAAAGCAUCCAUACACUACAGUAGGGGUGUUCUACUGCGGGAUGCCGAUGUUAGCAAAGGAAUUAAGGAAGCUAUCGCAUGAGCUGAGUCACAAGACAUCUACACGUUUCGAAUUCCACAAGGAGCUUUUCUGAGUCGGACCCUCGAAGCAUCAAGGACAAGGACUCUCUGUCUCUAUUGAUGAGCAUUAUUUUUCAGACUCUGAUUACGCAUUCGAUAAGAAAUUCUGUGUCGAUUGCUGGCGUGCAAGUAUCCGAUUUUUCAACACUUGGGCAAAGAGGAGUUGCAACAACUUCAUCUAUUUAAUAGCCAGGCCUGAGGGAUUGGAUGAGAGUAACAAGAAAGAGGCAUCCAUUAGUUGACAAUGGCUUAAACAAAGACAUGUGCCUGUGUAUGCAUGUUCCACCUACUUAUUCCUUUGCUUAUUAUUAGCCAAAAGUCAGCAGGAACAGCAUGAGAAAAUGGAAUAUACCCAGUAGAUUAUAUGAUAUGGUUUCCUAUCGAAACAACCGACUCCGAUAAUACUUUUUUCUCGGAGAUGUCUCAAUUCAAUUGAUCUCGACAUCACAACCAA